AUGCAGCCCCAGCGACGCCGGCGUGAGUCCCUCACGCCCCAGCAGCUGCGUGAGUGGUACGCUGGUUGGGGCUGUAGGGGUGGCGACGCUACUCCUACUACCACUCCUGCUGCUUCUACUCGUGGUGGCGGCCAGAUGCAGCUCCCGCGACCCUCUCGCGUGUCUCUCACGCCUCGCCAGCUUCGUGAGUGGUACGCUCAGAGUGGAGGGUCUCUCAGUGCGGUUCGCUGCUCUUACGUGAUUCGCACUGGUACUCGGACUGGUCAGCCUUGUGGGACACGUAGUCAUACACCGUCCCGCUGCUUCGCCCGUCUGAGCGACGCCUGGCGUACCGUGUUUGGCGACGAGGCUGAGCUUCCCGACUGGGUGGAGUUGCUUAGGCAGAGGGUAGAUAUAUAUGCUCUUGACUAUGAUGCUAUUCUCACUGCCAUGUAUGCAUUGCCUACUAGUGCUGACCGUGCCGGUCACCUGUGCGUCCCGCCUGACCCAGGUAUAGGACCUGCUGCUCUAGCUACUGGUGAGGCUGCUGCUCUGGGUGCUAGUGAGUCUCCUGCUCCAGGUACAGGUGCGGCUGCUGCUCUAGGUGCUAGUGAGUCUGCUUCCUCAGGUGCGGGUGAGGCUGCGCUCUCAGGUACCGCGUUGGCUUCGGCCUCCCUCACCUUUACACUUGACUCUGGGGCUUCUCGCUCCUUCUUUCGGGACCGCACCACACUCACGCCGCUUGGUCGGCCGGUUGCAGUCUCCCUGGCUGACCCCUCUGGGGGUCCUGUCCUCGCUCACUUCUCCACUGUCCUCCCGUGUCCGGCUGCCCCCUCGGGCACCCUCUCUGGCCUGUACCUCCCCUCGUUCUCGACGAACUUGGUGAGUGGUGCAGACCUACAGGAUGCGGGGGUUCACCAGUUCACUCCUGCGAGUCAGCGGGUGACCCACUGCACGGACGCACGCACAGGCCGGCACCUGGCCACGUUCUCGCGUCGGCCGGGGUCGAGCCUCUACACCCUGACCACUGAGUCUCCUCCUGUCCCCGCGUCCGGUCAGGUAGCAGCGUCGGGUCAGGUGUUUGCUGCUGCGUCCAGGUCUGGUCCUGAGUCUGCCCCCUGUUCGUGUCGCCUCCUGUCUCACGAGACUCUUCUGUGGCACCACCGUCUAGGCCACCCCUCCUUGCCCCGUCUUCGGGGCAUGGCUUCCUGUGUCCUUAUCUCUGGUCUUCCCCAGUCUCUCCCUCCCCUUCCUUCGGGACCAGGACCUUCCUGUGUCCCCUGUGUCGAGGGGCGCCUCAGGGCUGCCCCUCACUCCUCCCAGUUUCCCCCGACAGAGGCUCCUCUGCAGACGCUUCACAUGGACGUGUGGGGCCCGGCCCCCGUCCGUGGGCAGGGUCACGAGCGCUACUUCCUGUUGGUGGUUGACGACUACUCGCGCUACACCUCAGUCUUCCCCUUGCGCAGCAAGGGUGCUGUCACUGAGGUGCUGAUCGACUGGAUCCGCGAGGCUCGUCUCCAGCUCAGGAGGAGCUUCGGCUCGGACUUUCCUGUUCUGCAUCUGCACUCUGACCGAGGUGGGGAGUUCUCCUCUCGCCUUCUGCGAGACUACUGUCGUGCACAGGGGAUCCGCCAGACCUUUACGCUUCCGGACUCUCCACAGCAAAAUGGGAUUGCUGAGCGCCGCAUUGGCAUGGUCAUGGAUGUCGCUCGUACGUCCAUGAUGCAUGCGGCUGCCCCCCAUUUUCUGUGGCCGUUUGCGGUUCGGUACGCGGUGCAUCAGCUCAACCUUCACCCCAGGGUCUCUCGGCCCGCGAUGUCCCCAGUGUUACUGUGGACGGGGAAGGUCGGCGAUGCGUCUGCGUUCCGUGUCUGGGGAUCUCGGGCGUUUGUCCGCGACUUGUCUGCGGACAAGCUGUCCCCCCGUGCUGCUCCCUGUGUCUUCCUUGGCUUCCCCCCUGACGCUCCAGGGUGGCAGUUCUACCACCCCUCCUCUCGUCGUGUUCUGUCCUCCCAGGACGUCACGUUCGACGAGUCAGUCCCCUUCUACCGCCUCUUCCCCUAUCGUACUCCUUCCCUUCCCCCCCCACCGGACUUCCUGGUACCAGUUCCCCCCCCGGUAGACCCCCUCCCCCCUCAGGUUCGUGCCCCUUCAGGUGUGUCCCAGGUAGACACGGUCGAGCCAGUCGAGGUUGCUGCUGAGUCUGGUCCUGCUGCGGGUGCUGAGCCUGGGGGUGCUGCUGCUGGGGGUGCUGAGCCUGGGGGUGCUGAGCCUGGGGAUGCGAGGCCGGGGGGUGCUGAUUCUUGGGGUGCUGAGCCGGGGGGUGCUGAGCCGGAGGGUGCUACGUCAGGAGCUGCUGAGCCUAGGGGUGCUGGGCCUGGAGGUGCGGAGCCUGCGCCUGCUGGACCUGGGGGCUCUCCGGUUCUUCUGUCUCGGCGGGAGCCGCUCUCUCCACAGGAGCUGCGCGAGUGGUUUGCUCGCCGCUGGAGGCGUGCUGCUGGAGCUGGAGCUUCUUCGCCUGCUGAGGGUGCUGCCGGUCCCGGAGCUGCUGGGCCUGCGGGUCCUACUGGAGCUGGAGCUACUGAGUCUGGGGGUGCUGAGUCUGGAGCUGCUGAGCCUGGAGGUGCUGAGUCUGGAGCGGCUGUGCCUGGGGGUGCUGAGUCUGGAGCUGCUGAGCCUGAGGUUUCUCCUGCUGCUGCGUCUCGCCGGGAGCCCCUCUCUCCACAGGAGCUGCGUGAGUGGUUUGCUCGCCGCUGGAGGAGUGCUGCUGGAGCUGGAGCUUCGUCGACCGUCGAGGGUGCUGGUGCUGCCGCUCCCGGAGCUGCUGGGCCUGCGGGUCCUACUGGAGCUGGAGCUGCUGAGGGUGUUGGUGCUGAGACUACUGCUGUCUGUCCUGGCGGUGGUUCUGCUGCUGGUGCUGCUGGAAGUCCUGCUGCUGGAGGUGUUGGUGGCGCUGGUGCUGUCGCUGAGGGUGCUGGUGCUGUCCCUGCUGAGUCUGGAGCUGCCGCGCGGCCUCGGCCGUACUUCGUUCCGCUCCUACAGCAGGUUCUUGGUCUUUCUCCUUCGGUAGAGUGUCCACAGCCUGUCCAGUCGCAGUCACUGUUGGAGCCUUCCUCUCCUCUGCCUGCUCCCUCUCCUUACACUGGUCCUACUGGAGGUCUUGCUGAGCGUCGUGAGCCUGCGUCUCGUCCCGCGUCGCCUGUUCGUGCUGCUCGCGCUAGUGGUCGCGGUUCGCGUCAGCGUCCUCCUCCUGUCCCUGGCACGCACCGGAUGUCUCUGCGUCCGUCCACUGCUCCUCUGCGUGCCCCUUUGCCUUCUCCUCCUGAGUCCUCUCUUCCUGCCCUUGCCGACCCUGAGUCGGACUCUCUUCGCGCUGCCAGUCCUACUGUCACGCGUCUGCUUGCUACUGUCGUCACUGACCCCUCUUUUGAGUCCACUGCUGCGUCUGCUCUAGUCGCUGAGCUCGUUGACUUUGCUGCUCGCUGUCGUCUCGACUACGCUGCUGGUCUUGUUGCUGAGUCUGCGUCUACCCGGAUGCACUAG